UCAGAUGACUGGUAAACUGAACCUUCAAGCUUCAAUGAGUAUGAUCACCGAAAUUAUUGUUGUUUUAUACGCAAUCCUUUUUAUGGAUUUACCGGUUUAUAUUCUAGUUGUCAAUAGUAUUAUGUUUGUUUCAUUAUUUUUUGCAUUAGUUUUCUAUAUUUCAGUUUUUCUCCCUUUAUCAAUAAAUAUGUCGAAAAUGUGGAAUUUACUGAUGUCACUUUAUUUCAAUACCUUCGAUAUUAAUUCAGAAUUAAAAAUCCUCAACCUGCUUCAAAUGCAGAAACAUUCGAACGAUGGACUUACUUGUAAUAAAUUUAUUAUUUUAAAUACGAUAUUCAUUGUGAAAUUCAUUAACUAUGUCGUUAUCCAGACGUUGGUUUUAUUACAGAUCAGUUAUAUUUAUUGAUUACGUUGCAUAAUUAAAUGCUGACUGCUGGUACAGUAAUGUAAAAACGCGAAUGGAAUUCUCAAUAGAACAGAAGAAAAUUUGUAAAAUAUACCUUCCUGAAUAAUUGUUUUUCCUUGUGCAUAAAACAAUGCAGUUACUUAUUCCACAUUUUGGAUGAAAUUAUAAAUUUUACGUGUUUACUGCUGUCUGUAAAUUGAAUCAAGUAUGUGUUGUGUAAGUUCUUUACUUAUGGUAUGAAGAAUAACACAAAUAAAAACGUAAAGUAAUAUUGAAAGGUGAAGUCAGUAAAACCUGACCUUACCUUCUUAGUAUCAUCA